AUGGUCUUUGUGGUCCUGGUGGUGGUGGUGGUGGUGGUCCUGGUGGUGGUGGUCCUGGUGGUGGUGGUUGUGGUGGAAAUGCGUGCAGUUGAAAUAUUUUUUCUUCCUGACUUCAUCUUUAUAUUCCAGCUAUUUCAAGAAAGCCUUGACCAGACCAUAAUGACCGUUGGCGGUGGUUGUAACUACACUUUCCGAGAUAUCCUUACAGCGAUGCAUGAUGCAGUCGAUUUGCCUUUAUUUUCAAAAUCUCCUGCACACAAAGUAGAGUCACAUGCUGUGUUUGGAGCGUUGUAUUUUGGCAAUAUUGCAACUGGAAAACUUGAGCCUCAUGAACGGUCAUAUUCAGAUUUUUACAUGACAUGA